AUGCCCAAAGGCCCCUACAUUGGAAACAGAUAUCAACGACUACCCCAGCACCAAGUCCUCCCACCGCCGAAACAUGGGGGCAAGGUAGGUCUUUCCUGUCCCGACUGUUCGAACAACACAUCGCUGGUGUAUGUCCCCGGUGGCGAAGAGACUGUCAAGGUCAAGUGUGCGUCCAUACGCAAUCAUUACUACCGGACAUUCAAACUCAACCAGCUAAACCACGAGAUCGCCUGCAUCAAUGCCGGAGCAAAAUAUCCGAUCCCGUUUGACCCUUCAGCCCAUGGACCUCGUGUCAACAUUGCUGGAGUAGUGUUGCCGCCUCCCCCUCCCAAGCCAUCAAAAACCGCCAAAACGCCACGCGCACCUCCUGCUAUCAUGUGUGCUCGCCCGCAAGAAGGCGCGACAGCCGCCAAACAUAAGCCUGCAGGGCAUGCGGCCUGCAGUUCAAGAUAUUGCAAAUCGUGUUGCAUUGCCUACGGCCCACCUGGGGCAUGCCAUGCACAUCGGCAGAAGGAACCCAUCAUGCCACCGGCUCAACUUCGAAGUAACCCUGCACCACGAGUUCCGCAUCAACCACCAACUGCGCCCCCUAACCCCAAGCGACUGCGAUUGAUCCCAGCUCAGUGCGCUCAAAGUGUCCGCCGCUCUGGACGUACUAUCCCUGAUGAAAGCGACAAAAUCAUUGAACGAGCCACUCAGGCCCAGGCUGAGAGAAAACAACUCUCUCCACAUGUGGUUGUGCAGGAUGACGCUCGAGCCUCAUCAAACGCACCCUUUGACGAAGGGAAGGUCGUCAGCCUGCACCUUGUGACACUUGAACAACGCCAUCCUGUACUAUCACACAUGUUUCCUCAAUGGCCGCUCGCAACUUUGCAGGAUUGCACCUCACUGCUACGAAAGGCUAAAGAAGCGGCGGGCCCCAAAUGGGAUGACACUGUUCUUUUCUGGGAUGAAGAAAUCAGGAAUUGGCAUGAAAUACCAGUCACCCUCCCCCACCGUUACACGCAUCGACACUUGGUCAUCUGCAUUCCAAGCCAACGUGUCGCUCUCUGUACACAACUGCAAGAGGUUUUAGAAGAUCUGCACAUGGGAAACCAAAGGUCCCUCAAAGUUCACCCGACUUGA